UAACUCAACUUUUUGCCACCACUACGCUCCUAUGCUAAACCUAUGUAAAAAAAAACUGCAAGAACUGUAAAAACGCAAUAACUUAAUAGCCCAACAGUAGUGUAAACAGGCAUAAUAAUAAAAUUGCGUGAAAAAAUGUAUUUAACUCUAUUAAACGGAACUGGCUAUGUUUUCAGUGUGGACGAUUACAUGGAGCUGCGAACCAAGCAUCGACUAAUGGGUGCACUCGUGGGCACGGCCAACACCAAAGGCUGGUGCCCAGAUCAGUCCACUCUUCCCGUAGAAUUGACGAAAUUCGAGACACAAUUGAUCCUGGACGAGGGCUUAGCUCUGCUGGUCAACAAAUCGAAAGCAUUCAGUGCAUCUCCUACGCCAAAAGAGCUGACUGAAUAUAGAUCCGACCUUGAUGAGCGUUUGGAGGGUCAGGCGGAUGCCCUGAAGGCGGAGAAACUACGAGAGACCGAGCGUUAUAUGGAAAAGAUUCUGCUUGGAAAGCGCAACAAGUUGUUAAAGCAGGGUCUGGCUACAAAAGCUGCUGCCUUAGUCGGUGACGAUGUGCUUAAGGAAGUGGCAGACAAUUUCAAGUUCGAUCUACAGAAUGCCCUGGUGGAAGUUCCCUGCGAACACCUAAGCAAGCACACUGCGCAAAUCGUUCCUGGACCACUUGUGGACACCGGUUGCAUCAGGUACCGAAUAUUUCGGGACCUCUGGCUGCGGGGCAAGUUCGUAACUUCUGGCGAAGCAUUUGGCGCAGAUUUUCUAGUCUAUCCCGGAGAUCCCCUUAUCUACCAUGCCUCGCACAUCGUGAUUGUACAGAAUACCUCACUGAUAAGGCCUUUGGACUGGAUUGCCAAGGUCCGUCUCUCGGUGAUUGUGAACAAGAGCUGCAUGUUUGCUUAUGAGAAGAGAGGUGAAGGAAUAACCUAUCAAACGGUGGCCUGGUGCAAUCCCAGCAAGUAAAAGCAGAGAAGAGCAGGAGCACUGCCCUGUCUGCCUGUCUCUGGUUUAAGAGUGUGUUGCUGUGCACAUGUUAACUUCAUUUACGGCAUGCAGGCCAGGGUGAUGUGGUGUGUUCCAGUCCAUUCCGUUCGGAGCUUCAGUGGGAAAGGAGGCAAAGACUAGAGUUUUGUUAAAUUAAUUAGUGAUGCGUUGGCCUGCCAAUUGCGGUUAUAAUUUAAUGACCCACUACUAAUACCCAUGCAGACCUAGACGAACACACUCAGGCGGAGCCACCGCAAUAUACAUAUGCAUUUGUUUUCAACAAAUUUGUGCUGAAUUCUUCAUGUUUUGGGCU